GCCACUUCCUGACCGGUAGUUUUGCGGGAAGUUUGGACCUAAUACAGUUUAGCUCACAGUCAACGAUAAACAACAAAGUGAAGAUGCCCCCUAAAGCCAAGGCGGCAGGGAAGGGCAGAGCUCCAGUUAAGAGGAAGCUGGCAGAGGAAUUCCCACCUGGUGAAGUCCUGACAGACACCGGGAAGAAGUCCUGGAAACUGGGGGUUCCAGUUGGCCAGGGGGGGUUUGGCCUCAUAUAUUUGGCCGAUGAGAAUUCUGCUAAAUCGGUGGGUGCUGAUGCUCGCUACGUGAUCAAAGUGGAGCCCAGUGAAAAUGGACCACUGUUCUCGGAGCUCAAGUUUUACAUGCGAGCUGCUAAGCCUGAUCUGAUUCAAAGCUGGAUGAGGUCUCGCAAGCUGAAACAUCUGGGGGUUCCUAGGUACUGGGGCUCAGGUCUACAUGAGAGAGGAGGGAAAAGGUACAGGUUCAUGGUUAUCGACAGGCUUGGCACAGACCUGCAGAAGAAGUUUGAAGAGUGUGGAAAGCGGUUCCCCAGAAAACUGGUUCUGCAGCUCAGCCUUCGACUGCUGGAUAUUCUGGAGUACGUCCAUGACCAUGAGUAUGUACAUGCUGACAUUAAAGCAUCCAACCUCAUGUUGAGCCACAGUGAUCCCAACCAGGUUUACUUAGUAGACUAUGGGCUGGCAUACAGAUACUCCCCUGAUGGUGUUCCCAAAGAGUACAAGGAAGACCCCAAGAGAUGUCAUGAUGGCACCAUCGAGUUCACGAGCAUCGAUGCUCAUAAAGGAGCAUCUGCAUGUAGGCGGAGCGACCUGGAGAUCCUGUGCUACUGCAUGGUUCAGUGGCUGUGUGGCCGGCUGCCCUGGGAGGACAAGCUGCAGGACCCCGUCUAUGUCAGAGACUCCAAAAUCAAGUGUCAAGAAAACAUCUCCCAGUUUAUGACCAAGUGUUUCUCCUCUCAAGACAAGCCAGAUGAGAUCCAGAAGUUCAUGGAGGAGGUUAAAUCUCUAGGGUACCAGGACAAACCACCGUACGAGAAGCUGCGCUCCAUCCUGCAGGCCGGGCUCAAGACCAUCAAGGCUAAAAACGAUGACAAGCUCGAGUUCACUCCAGUCAAUGGAGCUGCGUCACCUCGUGCUCAGAAAGCAGCCAAGAGAAGAAAAGCAGAAGAUGAAGAGAGUGAGACUGAUGGAAGUCCCAUGAAGAAAAAGAGAGUAACCAAGAAAAAAGAAGUGAAUGGAGUGAAGAAGACUCGACCAAAGAAGGCUGACCCCAAAUCCAGACUAGUGGAGAUGGGGACCCAGACUUCACCUGGACUUGCCAAGAGAUCCAGAGGCAGACCCAAGAAAACCAGCACCUAAGCAUCCAGAUGUGCCUGCACUCCUCCUUCCAUCCUCCUGUCUUUCCUCUGCCUCCUCCCUCCAUCCUCCUGUCUUUCCUCUGCCUCUUAAAACUGGACUUUUUCAAGUUUUAUAUGGUGUUAUUUUCUAACUGUUAUGCACUGAUAAUGGUUGAUGUUUGAUUUUAUUUGGUGUACUUAAAGUCAGAGCCAUUGUAAUAAAGAAGAAAUUAAAUUGUC